UUCUAUAGUUCUCUCCAACUAUUUACAACAUCAUAUCAAGCCUAUGAUGAGAAAAAGAAUGGCCAUCAUAAGCUUAGAUGCAAAUUUGAGUCUUCCAACUGUAACAAAUAUACAUCAAAAUUCUAGAGUUUUGGUUGAAGAAAUUGCUGGCCUAAUUAAGGUUUACAAAGACGGACACGUAGAAAGACCCCAAGUCGUUCCACGUGUGACGUGCACAUUACCCCUCGAAUUUGGGGUAUCAUGCAAGGAUAUGGUAAUUGACAAGAUUACGAACGUUUGGGCGCGUUUUUAUGUCCCAAAAUGCGAUAGAAAGCUCCCUUUGCUUGCUUAUUUUCAUGGAGGGGGGUUUUGUGUUGGCUCGGCCGCAUGGAGUUGCUAUCAUGAAUUUCUUGCACUUUUAGCUAGUAAAGUUGGUUGUGUGAUCAUGUCAGUAGAUUAUCGUUUAGCCCCCGAGAAUCCUCUUCCAGCUGCCUAUGAAGACGGACAAAGGGCUCUUAUAUGGGUGAAACAACAAGCUCUAAAUGGAUCCAACAAAUUCUUGAAGCAAUGUGAUUUCUCCAAUGUGUUCAUUGCAGGCGACAGUGCAGGGGGCAAUAUAGCACAUCAUGUGACGUUAAGAUUGUGUGCCAAUCGGGCACAAAUAAAACCGUUAACCAUAAAAGGUAACAUUCUAAUCCAACCUUUCAUGGGUGGAGAAUCAAGAACAUCUUCAGAAACUCUCUUGGUCCAACCUCGGGGUUCUGCACUUAACUUGGUAACCUCGGACACAUAUUGGAGACUUUCCCUACCGAAGGGGGCAAACCGUGACCACCCGUGGUGCAACCUUGGAGCGAAAAGGUCAAUCAAGUUUGAUAAAACCACAUAUUUGCCCACCAUGGUAUGUGUAUCAGAAUUGGACAUUUUAAAAGAUAGGAAUAUGGAAUUUAGUGGGGUUUUGAGAAAUUCAGGAAUAGAAGUAGAGCAUGUGGUGUACAAAGGUGUUGGUCAUGCAUUCCAUAUUCUUGACAAAUCACAAGUUUCACAGAAGCAAACUCAAGAAAUGAUUUCUCAUAUUAAGACCUUCAUCAUAAAAAGGAAUAGUAGAUGACAUGGCAUCUUAAGAAUGCUAUUAAAUUACUAAUUAGGAUUAUUGUACAUAGUCUGUACGUAUUCUCUCAAGAACAUAUACAUGGUAUCUGUGUAUUUCUCAAUCUGUGCAUUUAUCAUUGUGCAUAUACAAUGUUAACAUGUAAAAUUAAAUCGAAACAUGUCCUAAUCAUAUAUCACAAAUUCACAAUAUAUUCAA